CCAGACGGCUAACGGAAUCCAGGAAAGCUGGUAUCCAAUUCCGUUCUUCCUUCCUCGAUUAGUAACAGUCUCCACGCCGUGUCCUCCUGUUAGAUUCCUUCCCUUCUCUUUUCUCCAAGAAGGAAGAGAGAUCGACGAAGAACAGAGAGGAAAAGAAGGAAAGAAUCCCUAGGGUUUCUCUUUCGGGUUCCGCGGCGUCCGAUCGAUGAAGAUCACCGCGCUUCUCGUCCUGAAAUGCUCCGGCGCCGGCGAUUCCUCCUCUUCCGGGCCGGCGGAGGCAGUGGUCCUCGCCAACGCCUCCGACGUCAGCCACUUCGGCUACUUCCAGAGAAGCGCGGCCAAGGAGUUCAUCCUCUUCGUCGCCCGCACCGUCGCCAAGAGGACGCCGCCCGGCCAGCGCCAGUCCGUCCAGCACGAAGAAUACAAGGUGCAUUCUUACAAUAGAAAUGGUCUUUGUGCAUUGGCAUUCAUGGAUGAUCAUUAUCCUGUGCGAAGUGCAUUUUCUCUCCUAAAUACGGUCCUAGAUGACUAUCAGAAGACUUUUGGGGAUUCUUGGAGAGCAGUAGAGGCUGAUGCCACUCAACCAUGGCCAUAUCUGAAUGAAGCUUUGACGAAAUUUCAGGAUCCUGCAGAGGCUGACAAAUUGCUAAAAAUUCAGAGGGACUUGGAUGAAACCAAAAUUAUUCUGCAUAAGACCAUUGACAGUGUGCUUGCUCGAGGGGAGAAAUUGGAUAGCUUAGUUGAGAAGAGUUCAGAUCUUAGUGCAGCCUCACAGAUGUUCUACAAGCAGGCCAAGAAAACCAACCAAUGUUGUGCUAUUCUAUAAAAUAGUGGAAAAUCAGGAACCCUCGUGAGAUUUCUGGAUUCUGAUCCAUGGUGUCGACUGCAUAAUGAUGAAAAAUCUGAUGUACUCAUUAUAAUCGUCUGUUGGAUUAUCUGUGCUUGCUGAAUUUCCAGUCUUCUAUGUGUCAUAAUUUUUUUUCUCCAAAGAAAAUGGUAGAUUAUUGGAAGAUUAUGGUGGCACCCGGCCUUACUUUAUGUCAAUGAAUCUGUCUUGCAACCAGCACAUAUGAAUUAUAUUUUGUUAUUAUAUAGUUUUGUAUCUUCCUCCCUUUAAUGAGAAUUGGAUGUGAUGUUAUUCCUUUUGUA